AUGAUUGAUGGCUUGAAAAUAACCUCUUCACCAAUUGCAUUUCCUAGAACUGCUGCUGUCAAGAAUGAAGGGUCAAAAAAGGAUUUUUAUGAACUACAAGAUCAAACUACUGGAGUUAGAAUUGGCAAAAAGAAUGAAUCAGUAGAGGAAACUUAUGAAUUACAAGACCAAACCGGUGUUCCAUUGCCUAUUGAAGGGGCUAGUGGAUCUGGUUUCGCAUGGCAUCAAUCUUCGGGGACUCCAAUUGAUCAAAGAUCUCCAGUGGAAGAACUUAAUGAAGAUGAGAUAUUCUUACUGGAUGAUGAUGUUGAAUCAUUUCCUGAAGGUGGGUUGAGUGCAUAUUUAGUUGUUUUUGGGUCGUUUAUGGGGCUAAUUCCAGUUUUUGGUUUGGUUAAUUCUGCUGGUGCAAUUGAAGCUUACGUUUCUUCACAUCAAUUGGCACAAGUUUCCACUUCAACAGUUUCAUGGAUUUUUUCAAUCAAUGUUUUCAUUGCUUUUUCAUCUGGUAUAUUCUCUGGUGCUUUCUUUGAUAGAAAUGGGUCAAGACCUCCUAUGAUUAUUGGUGCUGUGUUUUUCAGUGCUGGUUUAUUUGCUACUGGUAAUGCUCAAUCAGUUUAUCAAUUCGUUUUGGCGUUUGGUGUUGUUAAUGGAUUUGGUUUGGGAAUGUUAAUGUCUCCUUUGGUUGGGGUUGUUGCGCAUUAUUUUAAGAAAAAGAGGGCUACAUAUACAAGUAUUGCUACUACUGGUGGCUCGAUCGGCGGUAUAAUAAUGCCAUUACUUUUGAGAUCAUUGUAUCCAAAAGUUGGUUUUGCUUGGGCUAUGAGAAUCUUGUCUUUCAUCUGUCUAUUUUGCUUUGCUUGUGCAAUAACAUUUGCAAAAGAGAGGAUAUCAAAUAAACCUCAAGCUGAUCAUGAGAUUGAAGGUGAAGAUAAAUCACGCUUAACUGCAAAAGAAUUCAUAAAGAUCUAUAUUCUUGAUUCAUAUUUCAACUCAUUUGACUUCAAGGCUUUAAAAGAUCCAAAAUAUUUCUUUUGUGUCUUGGGUGCUGUUUUUGCUGAAAUAUCUGCAAUUAGUUCAAUCACUUAUUUUGCCUCUUAUUCUAAAACAAGAGGGUUUUCGGUUAAUGAUUCAUUUAUCUUGGUAUCUCUGGUUAAUGCGGGAACUUUACCAGGCCGUUUGAUUACAGGAUAUCUGGCUGAUAAAGUUGGAAGAUUUAAUGUUUUCAUUGUGACUAUAAUUCUUACCGCUGUGGUGAAUUUGACUGUUUGGAUGCCAUUUGGUUACAAUUCUAAAGUGUUAUAUGCUUACUCUGUCUUCUAUGGUGUCUUUUCGGGCUCUGUUUUCUCACUGCUGCCUGUCUGCUGUGGGCAAGUUUGUAAGACUGAGGAUUUUGGGAAAAGAUACAGUACAAUGUAUUUCAUCAUUGCAUUUGGGACACUAUUUGGUGUACCUAUUGGUGGUGCUAUUAUUGGUGAUAAGUCCGUUGAACGUUAUAAUUAUUUUAUUAUUUACACUGCUGUUACUGCUGUGGCUAGUGCCAGUUGUUAUGUCAUUUCUAGAUAUUAUUGCAUUGGGAAAAAAGUUUUUGCUAGAUUUUAA